AUGCUCUUCAUAGAACUACAAACUGAUAAAUUUAAAAGAAUGGCAGCAUGCUACGAUUACAUGGCGUACCCAUGGCAUCUUUUGGUGGUGUUGUUUGGUGUCUGUGACAGCGCGCCUCCAGAUAGCCUGCGACUUGUGUGGCUCGCUAACACCACAUUUUCAUGCAACGAUGGAAGCCCCGCAGGGUAUUAUUUCCGACGCGGCAUAAAUAACGACCAUUGGGUUGUGUAUUUGGAGGGUGGCGGAUAUUGCUGGGACACAGUGUCGUGCAAAGCGCGAUGGCGACGUCGGCCUUCGCUCAUGUCAUCUACACGCUGGCCACGAGCCCGGCGUGCGCCGGCGCUACUUUCCGCCGACCCUAGUGCCAACCCACUCUGGCAUGAUUCAAACCACGUAUUGCUACCAUAUUGUUCCAGCGACAUGUGGGCAGGCACAAGAAGCUCACCUCAUCUUGGUACUGGGUUUCAUUUUGCUGGUAGACUUAUCGUGCGCGCUGUGUUAUCGGAUUUAGUUCAUUACGGACUCAAAGGACGGAUGUUGCUAGUAGGUUCAAGUGCGGGAGGUGCGGGUGUCAUGCUUCACGCCGACGCUGCACGACGCGCUUUGCGUUCCCACGAUGUUCGUGUCGCUGCUAUCGCCGAUUCAGCGCAAUUGGCUGCUGAAGGAGUACGCGCACCUCGCACUCGGUCACAGUGGGAUGCAGUACAUCAAACUGGUGCAGCGUUGCGUGUAAGCUUGGCAUCGGUACGCGCGGCCUUUGCACCUGCUUGUUUGGCGCACGGAGCUUUGGCGCGGCCUGAAUGGCUAGCUAUAAACGUGUCGGGUAUAACACUUCCUCGAGCGAUUGCGUGCUGGGAGCAGAGGAUUGGGAGUGGUAGGAGAAAAACGCAAGCUGGAUGCGCUCCUCGAAAACUGAUAGAGAGGUGUACCUGGCCUCAGUGUAAUGGUUCUUGUCCCCGGUUGCGAGAUCCUCGCACGGGUGAAGAGGUGGCGUUGGCAGUGCUUUUACAAAGUUUUGGUUUAGACGUACGUGGCGCAGCAGCCGCUAUGGGACUAGAUGCGCGGCAGCUGUCUCGCAUGAGUCGUGCAGAAUUAUUGCCUCUUCUUGCGCCGCAUCUCUGA